CUUUCUGACGAGUCUGGCAAACUUGUAUUUGAGCUCGUCUCAAAAGGCAAGGUCCCCAAAAGCCUGCUUACCGCCAAGGACGUCUUCUUCAUUGACUCUGGAAAGGAAUUGUUCGUGUAUCUUGGAAAUGGUUGCUCUUCCCAGGAGCGCAAAAACGCCAUGUCCCACGCCCACGAAUAUUUAAAGAAAUCCUCACAUCCGCUGGCCCCCAUCACAGUCGUCAGUGCAGGACAAACCUGUAGCGAGUUGGAGAAGAUUUGGGAUGGUUAA